AUGGAGAGUGUGUCGACUAGGUGUGCAGUCGAGAUUGUGACGAAUGACAACGCUCCAGCUUUGAAGGGUUUUAUGUUGCAAGCUCGUCAUGCACUUACCAGCGGUAGCCAUCCAAUCAUCGGUACAUGGUCGCUGGGGGACACCUCGAAUUAUAAGUAUCUGGAUUGUAACGGCGCUAAUUCGGCUGUAACCCAUUCUAAUAAUAACGACAAGCCAGCUUCUAUUCAGUUUAGUUGGACAACUCCUAACGAUGUCGUCACAGGCAAUAUCUAUUUCACGGCAACCUUUGUUCAGUCAAGGAAUGUAUUUUGGGUCGGAGAGACAUCAAGCAACAUUACAAAUCAAUGCUUCAACGGAGAUAUAUGUGGUGAUAAUGGCAUUUGUUCGGUUAUCAAUGGAGGUGUCAGAUGUACUUGCACAGACGGAUACACAGGCAUCAUUUGCACCACUCCGCCAGCGUCUGACCUUUGUAACCCUAAUCCCUGUCUGUCCGGUGGGAAUUGUACCCAAAAUGGAAACACGUUCACGUGUACCUGCCCAGACCUCACUACAGGAUCAACAUGUAAUAUAAAAUUGACUCCUUGCGAUUCGGAUCCGUGUCUAAACGGAGCGACCUGUACGAACUCGGCGGAUAAUACAACGUUUAUGUGCGACUGUCCUUCCGAUUAUACUGGAACCACGUGCGAUACAGAAAUAGACCCGUGUGAUAACAGCUGUUUAAAUGGCGCUACAUGUAACCCUGUAAACGGUUCUACUACUAACUACACAUGUCAAUGUCCUGAUGGAUUCACCGGAGAAUAUUGCCAAACAGACGCCUGUUUCUUCCGCAAUGGUACGUGUAACUGCACUUCUUCCCCCCCUGCGUUACCAGAUAAACCAGAAUUUUGCAAGCCCAAUGGCCCUUGUGUUAGUAAUAGCUGUCAAAAUGGCGCUACAUGUAACGCUGUAAAUGGUUCUUCUACUAACUACACAUGUCAAUGUCCGACUGGAUUCACCGGAGAUUAUUGUGAUACUAUGGAAAUAGAUCUGUGUGCUAAUAACACAUGUGAAAACGGAGCAACAUGUGUUCCGAUGCCUAACUCUAUGAACUACUCGUGCCGUUGCAUAAGUGGAUUUUUUGGAGAGCGAUGUGAAACGGAUAUAUGUGUAAAUCUUGAGGACCUUUGUGUCAAUGGAACCUGUGAAGUAAUUCCGGAUGGUGCCGGUGCAGUCCGAUGUAACUGUUUCGAAGGUUUUUCUGGGACCAUAUGCAACAUCUCAUCCUGUGACGAGAAUGAGUGUUCAAAUGGAGCUACAUGUAACCCUGGUACAUUCCCUGAGUACUCAUGCACUUGUCCACAAGGAUUCAUGGGAGAUUUCUGUGAUCAAGAAAUAGGCCCAUGUGAUAACAAUACCUGUCAAAAUGGCGCUACUUGUAACCCUGUAAACGGUUCUUCUACUAACUACACAUGUCAAUGUCCUAUUGGAUUUACCGGAGAAUAUUGUGAAACUGCCUUAGAUCCCUGUGACGGGAAUAACUGUUCUAAUGGUGCGACCUGUAACCCUGAUACUUUCCCAAACUACAACUGUACUUGUCCUCCUGGAUACACGGGGGAGUUUUGUGACGAAGAAAUAAACCCUUGUGAUAAAAAUACCUGUCAAAAUGGCGCUACAUGUAACCCUGUAAACGGUUAUUCUACUAACUACACAUGUCAAUGUCCUAUUAGAUACACGGGAGAAUAUUGUGAAACUGUCUUAGAUCCCUGUGACGGGAAUAACUGUUCUAAUGGUGCUACCUGUAACCCUGGUACUUUCCCAAACUACAACUGUACUUGUCCUCCUGGAUACACGGGGGAAUUUUGUGAGGAAGAAAUCGGGGUAGAAAUAAACCCUUGUGAUAACAAUACCUGUCAAAAUGGCGCUACUUGUAACCCUGUAAACGGUUCUUCUACUAACUACACAUGUCAAUGUCCUAUUGGAUUUACCGGAGGAUAUUGUGAAAUUGCCUUAGAUCCCUGUGACGGGAAUAACUGUUCUAAUGGUGCGACCUGUAACCCUGGUACUUUCCCAAACUACAACUGUACUUGUCCUCCUGGAUUCACGGGGGAGUUAUGUGACGAAGAAAUAAACCCUUGUGACAACAAUACCUGUCAAAAUGGCGCUACAUGUAACCCUGUAAACGGUUCUUCUACUAACUACACAUGUCAAUGUCCUAUUGGAUACACGGGAGAAUAUUGUGAAACUGUCUUAGAUCCCUGUGACGGGAAUAACUGUUCUAAUGGUGCUACCUGUAACCCUGGUACUUUCCCAAACUACAACUGUACUUGUCCUCCUGGAUACACGGGGGAGUUUUGUGAGGAAGAAAUCGGGGUAGAUAUAAACCCUUGUGAUAACAAUACCUGUCAAAAUGGCGCUACUUGUAACCCUGUAAACGGUUCUUCUACUAACUACACAUGUCAAUGUCCUAUUGGAUACUCGGGAGAAUAUUGUGAAACUGUCUUAGAUCCCUGUGACGGGAAUAACUGUUCUAAUGGUGCUACCUGUAACCCUGGUACUUUCCCAAACUACAACUGUACUUGUCCUCCUGGAUACACGGGGGAGUUUUGUGAAGAAGAAAUCGGGGUAGAUAUAAACCCUUGUGAUAACAAUACCUGUCAAAAUGGCGCUACUUGUAACCCUGUAAACGGUUCUUCUACUAACUACACAUGUCAAUGUCCUAUUGGAUACUCGGGAGAAUAUUGUGAAACUGUCUUAGAUCCCUGUGACGGGAAUAACUGUUCUAAUGGUGCUACCUGUAACCCUGGUACUUUCCCAAACUACAACUGUACUUGUCCUCCUGGAUACACGGGGGAGUUUUGUGAAGAAGAAAUCGGGGUAGAUAUAAACCCUUGUGAUAACAAUACCUGUCAAAAUGGCGCUACUUGUAACCCUGUAAACGGUUCUUCUACUAACUACACAUGUCAAUGUCCUAUUGGAUACUCGGGAGAAUAUUGUGAAACUGUCUUAGAUCCCUGUGACGGGAAUAACUGUUCUAAUGGUGCUACCUGUAACCCUGGUACUUUCCCAAACUACAACUGUACUUGUCCUCCUGGAUACACGGGGGAGUUUUGUGAGGAAGAAAUCGGGGUAGAUAUAAACCCUUGUGAUAACAAUACCUGUCAAAAUGGCGCUACUUGUAACCCUGUAAACGGUUCUUCUGCUAACUACACAUGUCAAUGUCCUAUUGGAUACUCGGGAGAAUAUUGUGAAACUGAAAUCGGGGUAGAAAUAAACCCUUGUGAUAACAAUACCUGUCAAAAUGGCGCUACUUGUAACCCUGUAAACGGUUCUUCUACUAACUACACAUGUCAAUGUCCUAUUGGAUACACGGGAGAAUAUUGUGAAACUGGCCCAUGUCCAUGUUGUAACAAUAGCUGUCAAAAUGGCGCUACAUGUAACCCUGUAAACGGUUCUUCUACUAACUACACAUGUCAAUGUCCUAUUGGAUACUCGGGAGAAUAUUGUGAAACUGCCUUAGAUCCCUGUGACGGGAAUAACUGUUCUAAUGGUGCUACCUGUAACCCUGGUACUUUCCCAAACUACAACUGUACUUGUCCUCCUGGAUUCACGGGGGAGUUAUGUGACGAAGAAACAAACCCUUGUGAUAACAAUACCUGUCAAAAUGGCGCUACAUGUAACCCUGUAAACGGUUCUUCUACUAACUACACAUGUCAAUGUCCUAUUGGAUACACGGGAGAAUAUUGUGAAACUGAUCCCUGUGACGGGAAUAACUGUUCUAAUGGUGCUACCUGUAACCCUGGUACUUUCCCAAACUACAAUUGUACUUGUCCUCCUGGAUACACGGGAGAGUUUUGUGAGGAAGAAAUCGCGGUAGAAAUAAACCCUUGUGAUAACAAUACCUGUCAAAAUGGCGCUACUUGUAACCUUGUAAACGGUUCUUCUACUAACUACACAUGUCAAUGUCCUAUUGGAUACACGGGAGAAUAUUGUGAAACUGGCACAUGUCCAUGUUGUAACAAUAGCUGUCAAAAUGGCGCUACAUGUAACCCUGUAAACGGUUCUUCUACUAACUACACAUGUCAAUGUCCUAUUGGAUACUCGGGAGAAUAUUGUGAAACUGUCUUAGAUCCCUGUGACGGGAAUAACUGUUCUAAUGGUGCUACCUGUAACCCUGGUACUUUCCCAAACUACAACUGUACUUGUCCUCCUGGAUACACGGGGGAGUUUUGUGAGGAAGAAAUCGGGGUAGAAAUAAACCCUUGUGAUAACAAUACCUGUCAAAAUGGCGCUACUUGUAACCCAGUAAACGGUUCUUCUACUAGCUACACAUGUCAAUGUCCUAUUGGAUACACGGGAGAAUAUUGUGAAACUGGCCCAUGUCCAUGUUGUAACAAUAGCUGUCAAAAUGGCGCUACAUGUAACCCUGUAAACGGUUCUUCUACUAACUACACAUGUCAAUGUCCUAUUGGAUACUCGGGAGAAUAUUGUGAAACUGUCUUAGAUCCCUGUGACGGGAAUAACUGUUCUAAUGGUGCUACCUGUAACCCUGGUACUUUCCCAAACUACAACUGUACUUGUCCUCCUGGAUACACGGGGGAGUUUUGUGAGGAAGAAAUCGGGGUAGAAAUAAACCCUUGUGAUAACAAUACCUGUCAAAAUGGCGCUACUUGUAACCCAGUAAACGGUUCUUCUACUAGCUACACAUGUCAAUGUCCUAUUGGAUACACGGGAGAAUAUUGUGAAACUGGCCCAUGUCCAUGUUGUAACAAUAGCUGUCAAAAUGGCGCUACAUGUAACCCUGUAAACGGUUCUUCUACUAACUACACAUGUCAAUGUCCUAUUGGAUACUCGGGAGAAUAUUGUGAAACUGCCUUAGAUCCCUGUGACGGGAAUAACUGUUCUAAUGGUGCUACCUGUAACCCUGGUACUUUCCCAAACUACAACUGUACUUGUCCUCCUGGAUACACGGGGGAGUUUUGUGAGGAAGAAAUCGGGGUAGAAAUAAACCCUUGUGAUAACAAUACCUGUCAAAAUGGCGCUACUUGUAACCCUGUAAACGGUUCUUCUACUAACUACACAUGUCAAUGUCCUAUUGGAUACACGGGAGAAUAUUGUGAAACUGGCCCAUGUCCAUGUUGUAACAAUAGCUGUCAAAAUGGCGCUACAUGUAACCCUGUAAACGGUUCUUCUACUAACUACACAUGUCAAUGUCCUAUUGGAUACACGGGAGAAUAUUGUGAAACUGCCUUAGAUCCCUGUGACGGGAAUAACUGUUCUAAUGGUGCUACCUGUAACCCUGGUACUUUCCCAAACUACAACUGUACUUGUCCUCCUGGAUACACGGGGGAGUUUUGUGAUGAAGCCAUAGAUCCAUGUCAAGGGAAUAAUUGCUCUAAUGGAGCUACGUGUAAUCCCGGAACGUUCCCUGACUAUAACUGCAUUUGUCUUACUGGAUAUACUGGAGAGUUUUGUGAUGAAGAUAUAGAUCCUUGCGGUAACAAUAUCUGUCAAAAUGGCGCUACUUGUAACCCUGUAAACGGUUCAUCUACUAACUACACAUGUCAAUGUUCUACUGGAUACAUCGGAGAAUAUUGUGAAACGGAAAUAGACGCUUGUGAUAGCAAUAGUUGUCAAAAUGGCGCUACAUGUACGCCCGUAGUCGGCUCAUCUACUAACUACACAUGUCAAUGUUCUACUGGAUAUACUGGAGAAUAUUGCCAAAUGGUUGUAACAACUCCAUGUAGCCCCAGCCUUUGUUUGAAUGGAGGUGCUUGUACCGUUACUGGAGCGUCUACCUAUUCCUGCAACUGUCCUUCAACUCAUACUGGAGACAACUGCCAAAAUCCUGUCGCUGGAGAUUUUUGUACCAAUAAUCUGUGUCAGAAUGGAGCCAACUGUACAUCAGCGCCGGGUUCGAAUCCUCAGUACACAUGUCAGUGCCCACUAGGAUUUGGUGGUGAUUUCUGCGAAUCAGAUAACUGCGUAGACGUAGAUGAGAAUACGCUAUGUAACAACGGCACCUGUGAAACAGUUCCAGAUGGGACCGGAGCGGUUCGGUGUAACUGUUACGGAGGAUUUACCGGGAUUCUUUGUGACGAACAGAUAUCGACCGGUCCGUGCAGCCCCAACCCUUGUCGAAACGGGGGAACCUGUACUCUGAGAGGUGACAGUGGGUACUCGUGUAACUGUCCAGCUACACAUAUUGGAACCAACUGUGAUAUUGUUAUAACAACUCCAUGUAAUCCAAGCCCUUGCUUAAAUGGAGGUAUUUGUACCAUUACUGGAGCAUCUACAUAUUUUUGCAACUGUCCUUUAACUCAUACUGGAAACAAUUGUGGAACUCUUGCAACAGGGGACACGUCACCACCGGUUAUCUUUAACUGCCCUGCGGAUAUCACUCGAACUACUUCAACUGGACUACCCCAGUCAGUAUUCUGGACGGAACCAAUUGCUAGUGAUCCUUCCGGGGUUCGAAGCCUUACAUCAAACAUCCAAUCAAAUACGCAGUUUCCAGUUGGAUUCACGACAACAAUUAUUUACACUGCAGUAGACAACCUUGGAAACUCUGACAGUUCCUCCUGCACAUUCACGGUGACGAUAUUGUCAGACGACACUUCGCCUCCGACAAUCAGGGACUGCCCUGUGGAUAUCACUGUAACGGUAUUACCUGGACAACAGCAAGCGGUGGUGACAUGGGUAACACCUACUGCCAGUGAUCCUUCCGGAGUCCAAAGUCUAACAUCAAACAUCCAACCCAAUACGCCGUUUCCGUUGGGAUUCACGACAACUGUUGUUUAUACUGCAACAGACAAUCUGGGAAACUCUGAUAGCACAUCGUGCACUUUCGAUGUAACGGUGGUAUCAGUUGACACAUCAGAUCCAGUGAUUACAAACUGUCCACAGGACAUCUUAGUCCCUGCCUCUCAAGCUCAAAGUGUUUCCUGGGAUGUGCCUAAUGUCAUGGACGAUUCUCCUAUAGCAUCUUUCACUUCAAAUUACAGUCCGGGUUCUUCGUUUCCUGUUGGUGAAACGACUACAGUUACGUACAGAGCAGAGGACGUCGCCGGUAACGAUGCCACGUGUGUCUUUACAGUGACAGUCAGCCCAGCUCCAGCUUGCAGUUCUUCGCCGUGCCUGAACGGUGGGACUUGUCAACCAUCUGGGACUGGGUUCAUUUGUGCUUGUCCGAUUUCCCAUACCGGUCAACUUUGUGACAUCGCAGUCGAUUUUUGUCUGCAGGCCAAUGCUUGUUUAAACGGUGGAACCUGUGUAUCUCUUUCGAAUGGUUUCGAAUGCACCUGUCCUGCUACACACGCUGGAACAAACUGCCAGAAUGCGAACCCCUGUAACCCAAAUCCAUGUCAGUCGGGAGGGCAGUGCAAUCCGUCGGCAGAUUUCUCUUCCUUUACAUGUCAGUGUGUGCCACCCUACACAGGAACAACGUGCAACCAAAGUCCAUGUGACUCUAAUCCAUGCAUCAAUGGAGGAACGUGUGGAGUGCUUUCUACAGGAUUCACAUGCAACUGUCCGUCAACCUACACCGGUGACAGAUGUCAAACACAAAUUGCGAACCCCUGUAACCCAAAUCCAUGUCAGUCGGGAGGGCAGUGCAAUCCGUCGGCAGAUUUCUCUUCCUUUACAUGUCAGUGUGUGCCACCUUACACUGGAACAACGUGCAACCAAAGUCCAUGUGACUCUAAUCCAUGCAUCAAUGGAGGAACGUGUGGAGUGCUUUCUACAGGAUUCACAUGCAACUGUCUCUCAACUUACACCGGUGACAGAUGUGAAACACAAAUUGUCCAGCAACCAUGUGAUCUAGACCCAUGUAAAAACGGUGGUAGUUGUAACAAUACUGGUUCUACUUUCAAAUGUUCGUGCCCGGACCCGUUUGAAGGACCAACUUGUGAAGACAUAAAACAAGAUUGUAGGACUGCUACCUCCUGCCAAAAUGGUGGUGCGUGUCUUAACCAAGGCGAUGUCUACCAAUGCGUGUGUACUGCUAGUUAUAUUGGCGACUAUUGUGAAAUACUUGCAGACUGUACCAAUAUUUUACCCUGUCUUAAUGGUGGAACCUGUGCCCAGUCAGCACAGCAAAGCUCAAACGAAUGCUUAUGUACUUCUGACUUUGAAGGCGACCAAUGUGAAAUACCAAUAACUGACUGUCGUGCACCUGCGACCUCGUGUUAUAAUGGUGGUACAUGUCAGCAGCAGGCGGGGGGCACUUAUGAGUGUGAUUGCCCGGAAUUUUUCGAGGGAUCUCAAUGUGAAUUUACAUUGAGGGGUUGUUUCCGUGACCCGUGUCAGAAUGGAGGAACCUGUGCCUAUGUCAAUUCGCUGCCGGAAUGUAUCUGCCCUACGGGUUUUUCAGGAGAUAGCUGUGAAAAGUACGUUACGUGUCAAAGUUCACCGUGUCAAAAUGGCGGAACAUGUUUCGAGAUAGGAAGCGGAACAGGAUAUACGUGUCGAUGUGCUACAGGAUACUCCGGAGACAACUGCCAAACUGAGAUAUGUACCAGUUCAACUUGUCAAAAUGGUGCUACCUGCCUUGAUGAGAUCACUGGAUUUAUGUGUCAAUGCGCUUCUGGAUUUAGUGGAGAGAGAUGCGAAGAUACCGCAGAACCGUGCGACAGCUCCCCCUGUGGUAAUGGUGCAACCUGUGUGCAAAGUGGAGACGGAUCAUCGUAUAACUGCAUUUGCUCUCCGGGUGGCGGUCUUCAACAAAAUUGUGACGAAUUAGGUUGCAAUUCUUCACCUUGUCAAAAUGGUGGGACUUGUUCAGACGUUGGCAAUAGUUACUCUUGUCAGUGCCCAAAUGGAUAUGCAGGAACCGACUGUGAAGUUUUACCUUGUAGUUCUUUUCCAUGCUUAAAUGGUGGAACGUGUUUAAAUGAGGCCAGUGGAUACUCAUGCCGAUGUCCCAAUGGAUAUUUUGGAACGUACUGUGGCCAAACAGAAACAGCUUGCUUUUCAUCACCUUGUCAGAAUGGAGGAACUUGUUCCUAUGGACCUGGAGGUUAUACAUGUCAAUGUCCAGUAGGGUAUACAGGAACAAGCUGUGAAACCGCAGUGUGUGAUUCAGCCCCCUGUCUGAACGGAGCAACUUGCAGCAACAUCCCAGACAUAACAAACAGUCUUCCCUACACUUGCAAUUGUGCGCCUGGAUUCGUUGGUGCCACUUGCUCGGAUGAACCAUGCACUUCAAGUCCCUGCCAAAAUGGAGCAACUUGUAGAAACGUCCCAGAUGAUAUGAACAAUCCUGAAUACACCUGUGAUUGUAUUUCUGGAUACACUGGUCCCAAUUGCGAAGAUGAACCAUGCGAUUCGAUUUCCUGUCAGAAUGGCGGCACUUGCGAAAACAUCCCUGACGUGUUGAAUAAUCUCCCAUAUUCAUGUUUUUGUCUAUCUGGUUUCACCGGAACGCUUUGUGAGACAGCGCCAUGUGAUUCGAGUCCAUGUCUGAACGGAGGAGAGUGCUUUAACUUCGAAGACAUGUUCCAUGGUCUUCCUUACUUUUGUGUUUGCCCUUCUGGAUUCGAAGGACUCAACUGUGCGAAUGCAAUAACAACACCAGAGGUAACCACUCCAACAACACAGCAGACUACCCCAUCAAUGCAGCCCACAACCCCAUCACCGUCGACAGAGCCAAUAAUUCCAUCAACUCAGCAAACGACGCCAUCACCCCAGCCAACGACGCCAUCACCCCAGCCAACGACACCAACUCAGCCAUCACCCCAGCCAACGACGCCAUCACCCCAGCCAACGACACCAACUCAGCCAUCAACGCCAGCUUUAUCAACUCUGGCAACUUCUCCCACUCCAGAGCCUACCACAAAUUCUGGUGCUACAGACUCGACUUGCCUUAAUGGAAUGAACUGUGACAAUGGAAGGUGCAUGAAUAAUAUGUGUGUCUGUGAUGCUGGCUACGAAGGAGAUUAUUGUGAAUCAGACAUCGAUGAAUGCAGAGAUAAUCCUUGUUUAAACGGUGGUGUUUGUGUCAAUCUCGAGGCCCGCUUUGCUUGCAAUUGCAACGAUGGAUUUACCGGAGACAGAUGUACUGAAGGAUCAGGAUCUAAUCUUCCAACCACAAAUGGCCCUCUUAUACCAGUGUGGUGGAUUGUCAUCAUCGCUGUCAUCGCUCUCCUCAUCGUCAUCCUACUCUUCAUCGUGGCCUGUACAUGCAACCUCAGCAGUAAACCAGCAGACAAAGAGGCACUGGCAUAGACAUUGUCCCUGCCAAUUCGAUUCUAAAAAAAAGCUUGCAAAAAUCAUUUACAACAGCAGCAACAACAAAGAGAAAUAUGAAAAUGAUAACAUCUUAUUAUGACCAGUUUGUUCAGACUAAAUCAUGGUUAAUCCAAAAACAAACAUGCAGAUUCAAAUUUGUGGAUAUUCCAUUCCUACCUCCGAUUUUCAUUUCAUUAUGACACAUUUUGUUCCUUCCUUAAUGAAUUGAAGAACCAAAUUUAAUAUUUUUAAAAUCUUCAACCAGGAUUUAACAUUGCAUCCAAGAAAGAAAUCUAACUUGUAGUGAUAACAUUUCAUGUUAAUGUAUGAUACAAAUAUGUUGACAAAUUACAUUUUGUGUAAUCAAGAAUAAUGGUGUCUCAUCAAAGUUUGCAAAGUCUUUUCAUCCAAAAUCUUUCAGUGUUUGAAAUAUUGUAUUUUUAUAAGCACACUUUUUGCUGAAAUUUUUAUCAAAUUUUAUGUAAAUUAUUAAAAAAGUAGGUACAGUAUAUAUGUAGUAGAUGUGUAUCUUAUUUUACUGUUAAAUAUGAUUAUGAUGCAAAAUCAGAGUGUGUGCGACUAUUUGUGUCAUUGCAAGGCUUUCUUCUUUCUACUUUCACUAUCAUUGGUACUUUCUUCAAAUAUAUUUGUCUUGUUUUUUUACGGAUCAUUCCUUUUCAUGAGAAUUUGAACCUUAAUGUGAUUAUAAACAACAAAAAAUAUAAUUUUCUGUGAAAAAUUAUGUAUCAACCAAUUAAAUGUGAAGAUUUGAUAAACAUUUUUACAAUAAUAAAUAUUUGUUCCUACAAUAAUUUUGCAAUUCAUCCUCCAAUCAGAGAACUCUUGAAUGUAAGAAUGGAGUUAUAUAUUUUUUUUCGUUCUAAAAGUUAUAUUUACUAUCAAUGAUUAAGUUUGUUCAAUAAUUCAUGAAUACUGAAGCCUCCAAACUUUGCUAAUUUUUUACUCUUCAAAAUAUAUUCUAUUUGCUUAAUUUUAGUGAAACUCUGGUAGUAUCACAACUAAAUGCAAAAUAUUAAGUUUAGAAAAAGCGUAGUUACAGAUUUUCUGUGUGUGUGUGUGUGUGUCAGGGUGUGUGUAUGUAAUUAUGUUAUGUUCAAUAUGAUGUUGGUGACUUUUUUUCUUUAUUAGGCAUUCACAUUUUAUAUCAUUCAAUUUGAAAUAGGUAGGUCUUGGUAAAAAGGCACAUUUUGGUAUUGCUGCAGUUUAAUUGUCUUGAAGUAAAAUUCUCUACUUUCAUUACAAGGUGCAAAAUGUUAGAUAUAGAUACGUGUACAUUAUGUCAAGAAAUGUUGUCAUAUUAUUUGUUAUACUCAUUCAAACUUUCAAAUUACUGCCAAAUUAUAAUACUCUUCUACAAUGGAUGAUACCAUCAACAAUGAUCUGAUAAAUAAAUUAGUAAACAUGUCUGACGUAGUUCAUACUGUUUUAAACUGCAGAUUUGUUUCCAACUACAUAACAUUAUGCUUUAUUCAUUACCGAGUCAGAUACUGUUAGUGUGGACAAGCAACAUUUAUUGUAACAUUGCUAAAAGUGAUAUGAAAAACGUAGAGGUGUACAGGAAACAAGUUCUUCCAUAUUAAGAAUAUAAGUUUAUCACAUCAAUCAAGAUACACAUAUUCAGCUGUAAAAUAAACCUAGAAUGAGAUGGUAGUUCAAUUUGUUUUAUUUCUGAUAUCAUUCCAAGCCUGGAAUUAGUUUCAUGAGAACCUUUUGGAGUCAUAGAAUAAUAUGAAGGGAGGGGGCCAUAUUUGUUUGUUCCACAUUGUGGCAUCAUUGAUCCAUUAUUGGAAAUCAAGUGAUUUUACAUAUUUCUAUUCAAAUUGGGGUGAAGUAGAAGAUGAGGAAUCACACAUCUACUUUCAGUACGGUGAUACAAAAUAUAAAAACUAAAAGAUGGGUCAUUAAUGGAAGGGAGGGUGUAUGAUCUGAAAUAUAGAAAGAGUUUAAUCAGAGGAGAUGUAAUUUCUUAGCCUAAUGUAAGAAAAAUAUGAUCAUAGCCUUAUUUGGUUGACGAUAUUAGUAUUCAACAGUGUUGAGUCGAUUGAAAAAUCAUGAUUGUUUCUUUGGCCUUUGUCCAAUCUAUUUUAUUUCUGUUUGUUAAUCAUCACCCCCUCCCUCCCCCCCCCCCCCUCUCUCUCUCUCCCUUCUCUCUCUGUAAAAAAGAAUAGACAUUAUGUCCAGUAGUCACUUGAUUUUGCCUAUCUGCUUGAUCACACUUUAAAAUCUUGGCACAUGCAUCCUUUUCAAAGUUUGGUUUAAGAAUGAAUGAUAAAUGUGAGAUACAGAUAUAGAGCUAUGCAAAUAAUCUUCUUUUUAUUUCUAUAUAUUUGUAUAUAAAUACACAUGUAGUCAAGAAUUGCUUUGACUAGGGACGUGAGAGGGAGGAAUAAUGCUUCCAUUCAAAUGAUGUACAAUUACGAAAACUGAUAUUAAAAUGCAUAAUGUUUCUGGUACCUUAUAUACUCAAACAAACACUCAGAAAAACAAUUAUAUGCGGAAUUUAUGAGAAAAUACAUUGAAAUUUAUAUGCUGAUAUUUUUCAUGAAGCAUCAGAAAGAUGUUAUUUCAAUAAAUAAUUUACCUUGGGUUUA